GGGCGGGCGGCGCCGGGGCGGGGGCGGCGGGGCACGCCGGGUGUCCCCGCGGGCGCGGCGCGGGCGAUGAGCCGGGGCCCGGCAUGGCCUCUGCGCGGCCGCCGGGCUGGGCCUGCGCCUCGGCGCCCGCGCCCGCGGGGCUCCGGGUCGGGCCACCUGUCCUGCCCGCCGCCGCCGCCCCCGAGCCUGCGGGCAGCGCCGAGGCCGAGGAGCGCUCGCUGCAGCGCAUGCUGCGCGCCAUUGCGGAGGAGCGCGGCCGCCUCAGCCUGCGCCGCGAGGUCUGCGGCCUCGGGUGCUUGAAGGAUGACCGCAUCGCCUUCUGGACCUGGAUGUUCUCCACCUACUUCAUGGAGAAAUGGGCGCCACGGCAGGACGACAUGCUCUUCUACGUGCGCCGGAAGCUGGCGUUCUCGGGCACCGAGAGCGGUGUCGACGGGAGGAAGCUGGCGGAGGCUGAGCCCGAGGUGGAGGUGGAGGUGGAGGUGUACCGGCGGGACUCCAAGAAGCUGCCAGGCUUGGGGGACCCUGACAUUGACUGGGAGGAGAGCGUCUGCCUGAACCUCAUCCUCCAGAAGCUGGACUAUAUGGUGACAUGUGCCGUGUGCACGCGCUCUGAGGGGGGCGACAUCCACAUCCAUAAGAAGAAAUCCCAGCAAGUGUUUGCGUCCCCUAGUAAACACCCCAUGGACAGCAAAGGGGAGGAGUCUAAGAUCAGCUACCCCAACAUCUUCUUCAUGAUCGACAGCUUCGAGGAGGUGUUCAGCGACAUGACUGUGGGGGAAGGAGAGAUGGUCUGUGUGGAGCUGGUGGCCAGUGACAAAACCAACAUGUUCCAAGGGGUCAUCUUCCAGGGCUCCAUCCGCUACGAGGCGCUCAAGAAGGUGUACGACAACCGGGUGAGCGUGGCCGCCCGCAUGGCGCAGAAGAUGUCAUUUGGCUUCUACAAGUACAACAACAUGGAGUUCGUGCGCAUGAAGGGGCCCCAGGGCAAGGGCCACGCGGAGAUGGCCGUCAGCCGUGUGUCCACUGGUGACACGUCCCCCUGCGGGACUGAAGAGGACUCCAGCCCGGCUUCGCCCAUGCACGAGCGGAUGACCUCCUUCAGUACGCCCCCCACCCCGGAGCGGAACAACCGGCCCACCUUCUUCUCCCCGUCUCUCAAGCGGAAGGUGCCCCGGAACCGCAUCGCCGAGAUGAAGAAGUCUCACUCGGCCAACGACAGCGAGGAGUUCUUCCGAGAGGACGAUGGUGCAGCUGACCUGCACAACGCCACCAACCUGCGGUCCCGGUCCCUGUCUGGCACGGGGCGGUCCCUGGUCGGGUCCUGGCUGAAGCUGAACAGAGCGGAUGGAAACUUCCUUCUCUAUGCACACUUAACCUAUGUCACCUUGCCGCUGCAUCGGAUCUUAACAGACAUCCUGGAAGUUCGGCAGAAGCCCAUCCUGAUGACCUAGCCGUGCACGGAGCCCCCGGCCCGGCCCUGGAAGUACUGCCAAGUGCCUACCUGUCCACCGCCACCGGGGUCUCUGUGACAGCCCAGUGCCGGAGCCGGAGCCAGGCGGGCCACUCCACCCCUGGGCCAGGGCCGACUCCAUGAACACCAGCCCAAACUGAAGUGCCUCUUCCUCCUCCCCCGCUGGCUCUGCUCCUGCCCUGUGCCCACCCCCAUCGCCCCGGCCCGUCUCUGGAGAGCCCUCUGCACCCACAGACAACCACGGACGCCAGGAGGCCAUCGAGAGAGCGAAGGAGCAGCAGCGUCCAGUGUCCAGACCCGCCGACCCCAGGUGCUCGUCCCGCUCAACAGCAGGCAGGACCGUCCAGCUGGGGCACCCCGCGUGCCCACUGUCUGCACCUCUUAAGGAAGCGUUUACGAUUUUGCAGUUCCGUGCCAAUGAACCUCAGCGUCCGCGUUGGUCCCAACAUGUCUGUCCUCCCUAGCGUGGUCCUAAAGGGGGCACCCUGGGGAGAUGGGAGCACAGCUGUUGGAUGGUGUGGCCCUGGGCGGGAACAUGUCACCCCAUACCCGGUUCCAGGAAGGCCUCGAGCUCAGCAGACAGGCCCUGAUCCCGCCAGAAUGGCCUUCGCUUCCAGCCAAAGAGCACCGCCCGCACACCUCCAACCGGGAGACAUCCCGCUCCAGGCCUCGGCGCUGAGCCCAGACCGUGGACUGAGGACAGGGGAGGGCUCGGGGCCAGACGGGAGGGUCGGGGUGGGUGGCGUUGGCAGGCUCCUAGGAAGGCUCAUACUCCUUGCGCUGGGAGGGGCUGGGGUUUCAUCUCUGGUUUUCUAGAGAUUACCUCCCUUGCCUGAGUGUGCUGGUCCCAUUUCUCAGACCAACGCACUGAGGCGAAGGGGAAUUGGCUUCUAUGCGGCCGGUAUGGUCAGGUGUGGGUGGCACAGGAGCCCCGGGCUUGCCUGUGGUCUGGUGCCAGCCAGGAUCUCCGCCUGUGAGGAUGCACGUGCCCUUCUCAAAGCCGAGCCCUCAGCAGGAGGCCUGGUCAGCCCCCUGGGAGCGGUCGCUGGUCUCUGUUGCUUCGUGGCUGGGUCUGAAGUCCCUGGAAAUACCUGAGGGAUCCUGCUGUGCAUUAGAGGACCCCUUGGGGGGGCAGGAUAGGAAUUGAGGGGCUUGUUCCGUCUGUUUUUAUUCUGUGCUCCAAGGGUUUGCACUGGGCUCCGGGACAGGGACUAUGGGGCUUUCUCUAGAUUUUGUAUGCUGUUAUUAAAAGCGAGCUGUUGCAUUUCAUUCUGCCUCAGUUUGCCCACCUGUAAAAUGGGGCUGAUACCACCUACCUCACUGACGUCUCCAAGUUCCAGUACACAACUGGGUCAGGGUGCAAUCGCCAGCCAUUCUGCACCACUGGGGUCAGGGGUCGGAGUCUGGCUGCGAAUCUCCCUCUCCCCUGUCCUCGUCACCCCCUCCCCACCCUGAAGACGUUGGAUGGGGUUGAGUUUGAACAUUCUGGUGUUCUCUGCCGCCCAGCUUGUGCUCAGCGGUGCCCCGCUCCGCACAAUUUCGAGUUCCGAAGCAGCGUCUGAAGCAGGGUCGCAGGGCAGGCCAGAGCGGGAGCCGAGCCGAGCCUCGGAGUGAGCCCACGUGGCCCAGGGCUCCAGGCGCCGAGGGUUGUUGGGAGGCCGAUCGCAGGCCCGAGCUUGGGUCCCAGGUGGCUCUGCAGUGUCCGUUCUCUCCUGGUCAUCUGGGGUCUGAAGACUGGAACUCGGUUCUUGGGAGAAACGGUCCUGACGUAGCUCCCUUGGGGGGGGAUGAGCUAGUUCAGCACGUGCAGGAGGCAGGGUCCCCCCGUCCUCAGAGGUGGGGAGCCCCAGAAGGUUCCCCGCUGAAGCCAGCGGUUGGCCCAGCUCCAAGGCGUGGCCACUGCUCCUGGUUGGGCCGGCGAGUCAGACUCCUGGGGACCUCGCGGGGCGCUGGGGGCCAGAGCAGUAACGGGAAGACGCCAGGGAACUCAGACACUUGCUGGCAGCGGGGUCACGUGCUGGCUGGGCUCCGAGAGCUCGCCCCGCGUGUGCAGCCCUGGAACAGCACUCGGCGGUGGCUGUUCUGCAUCCAGCACGCAGGCAGCGCCUGCACGUCGUGUCAUUGUCCCAUCUUACCGACGAGGAAGCCGCCGGAGGUGAAGUGACCGCCCAAGAUUGACCGCAAGCAUGGCAGGCAGGAGGCCACCGCGGCUUCGCCCCGUUCGCACUGAGCCCUCACACCGCUGCCCAGGACAGAUGGACGGAUGUUGGGUGGAGCUGACCUUUGUCUUUAAAUCCCAAAGGUCCUGUGAUACUGGAUUGAAAACCUGCUCCGAGGUGCUUGAUGACUGCGGUGAGCUGUUACGCCGAGGUCUGAUUUUUCCAAGUGACAAAUGGCAUCAGUAACCAGUAACAGGAACAAGUGACAGGACCAGAACCCGUCUCCAUGGGUCUUGGUAUGGGUCCAUCUUUACUUGUAAGGCCAGCUUUAAUUUUCUGGGGACACGCCUAUCGCGUGUUAUGCAGGGAUGACGUGUGCGUAAACUUCUUGAAUGGGAAUUGGAAUCAAAAGUCCAGUUUUUCUUUGAAGAAACCUACGUGUCACAUUAAUCAAGCCCACAACCCGGGCAUGUGCCCUGACCGGGAAUUGAACUGGCAACCUUUCAGUGCAUGGGACAUGCCUAGCCAACUGAGCCACCCUGGCCGGGGCUAGUUAGUAGGCAUUUUAAGAAUGAAAUAAAAGAUUUUUUCCAUUAAAACACAUUCCACGGGGUAGUCCCUAUGCAGUUGGUAUAUUCUAAUGACUUGAAAAAUCUAUUUGACACUGUUAUAAUAUGGUGGUUUUAAAUCGGCCAAAAUCCUUUACAGGCUUACAUAUUACAAGUCUGCUAGCUUUUUAAUGAGACUUAAUAGGUUUCAUACAUACAUACAAGUUGUCUCAAAAAAUGUAUACACACUUGAAAUAAUUUAUUCAUUCCAGUGGGUUAAACCUGAAAAGAAACAUGAGCUAGCUAGCAGCUGAUGAAAUGUGUGUACAUUUUGGGGACACACACACACACACACACACAUAUAUUUCAGUUUUCCAGUUUAGCCAAAAUUUAGUUUUAUAUUCAGUUUCAUAAACCAGUAUCUGUUGACAUGACAUUGACUUCCUGCUCAGGCUUUCUCUCGUCUUGGAACCAGAAAACAAACUUCCCUUUAAAAACCCACCUAGUAGGACACAGCCCGAGACACGACAAUGCGGUGCUGGCUGCCCUGCCCUGGAGCUCGCGCCGCCUUCGCAGCGUCUGCGGCCGCCCUCCAGCAGCUGUGCUCUUGUCAAGCAGCCGCAGUGCCAGCUCCUCAGAGACCAAGACGGAGGCGGCCUGGGAGGGGAGGAAGGUGCGUGCUGUCACUUCCUCUUCCCUUUCCCUAUGGACUUGGCAUGGACUUGACCCUCAUGGAGAGAAGCCUCCUGCCCUGACUCGGCCCUGGAGAACUUGGAGCACCACACGCAGAAGCCAAAUCACUGACCACCGAGUGGCCUGGGGUCGGGCCGAGUUCUGCAGGUAGAGCCUCGGAAGGGGAGGAAGCCAGACACUAGGAAGCGCUUAGAGCCGCAGCCGCCUGGGGCCCAGCAGGCCCCAAACCCGCUGAGUGUAGGUCGCACCGCCCUCACCUUCCUCGCCCUUUGGGCCUCACUGCACAGAAGGUGGGGCGAUGUGGGUGUGAAUCCUACCUCCUGUGCUUUCCAAACAAGUUCUCUGCUGAGACCCACAGGAAACCUGUGGAGAUUUUAACUUUGAAGCCGUAACUAAAGUGAUUUCUGCAAAAGCAGCUUGGCGACACGCACUGAACACCUUCAGGUCGGAUUGUCAGCGAGUUUCCAUCGUGAUCAGCGGCUUCCGGUCAGCGGCGUCCGGUCAGCGGCGUCCGAUUCCGCGGGAGCCCCGUCUAAGCCGUGCUCGCGUGGCUCUCGGCUGUGCUCACGAGGCUGCGUUCCUCUUGGAAGUUGGUUGCAUGGUGACUAUUACGUUUAUUUUUUCUCCGUGUCUUCCUCUACCGAACUUGUAACUAGUUAUUGUUUUGUCCACGAGGGCAUUUCAGGUGAGACGCAGCUAUUACAGCAAUGUGGAAACAGUGAUGGAACCUUCUUUUGCCCCCCAAACGUUUCUUACUGUUUGGAGUCCUGACACAAGCUGCAUUUUUGACCUGUUGCCGGGGACUGACAGAAACCACCCCGUGCCCUAACCGGUUUGGCUCGGUGGAUAGUCGGCCUGCGGACUGAAGGGUCCCAGGUUCGAUUCCGGUCAAGGGCAUGUACCUUGGUUGCGGGCACAUCCCCAGUAGGAGGUGUGCAGGAGGCAGCUGAUUGAUGUUUCUCUCUCAUCGAUGUUUCUAACUCUCUAUCCCUCUCCCUUCCUCUCUGUAAAAAACCAAUAAAAUAUAUUUUUUAAAAAAGAAAAAGAAACCACCCCCUGCAGGGCCUCGGCUGUCCUCGGGUCCGCCAGGGGUCAGCCGCCUCUGUGGUUGAGUCAGAUGCUGGGUUUGCAAAAUUAAGUCCAAGAGCUGCAUCUCAGCCUCGGCGCCCAGCCCCGGGAAGCAGGACAGCCUCGCGUGUGCUGUCAAGUUUCCGGCUGCGCCUCCUCACCAGCCCCGGAAGUGGCGGUUUCGCACCAGCCCCCUGGUCUCGUGGAAGCUGGUCUUUGGCCACCGGCUCUCUGUUGCCUUGCUCUGCGAUUAUUCAAGCUGACACUGAGCACGUGGCCACGUUUCGCUAACUGCAGGAGCCUGUUUAUUCCAAGUUCAUCAUGGGUGGAAGCAGCCUGAGUCGUUCUCACACAAGGGGCUCUCUUUCCCUUUCCAUGGUCAGACAAAGGCUGUCACGAUGCCAUGGGUGUACAUAAGGCCUAAGACACUGCAGAAAGUUCUAGACUAGGAAAAGGGGGUCUGAGGCACACACACUAGAAAUAGUAAGGCAGCACAUCCAGGUGACACCUGGGAACUGCUAGGAGCAGCUGAGCCGGAACUGCACCGGCAUCACCUGGGCAGACUACAAGACGGUGGUUACGGAAGAGGCAGCUCGGUGGGUUAAAACGACGCCCUCGCCACACAGAUCAAACCUGGUAAAUAAUUAGGUCCCUUUAAGCAGUCACCUGACAACGUUCAGCUGGAGAAAGUCUCCCCGGGAAGCUCCCUGGAAGGACCUCUUUGCCAUGUAUCGCCGACUCUGGAUCCCUCUCGGUAAAUGCUGACCUAGAUGGACUUCCAGGAACCAGUCAUGCCCCUGCCUAGAAAACACCGUAACGAGGGGAAACCUUUGGGAAUGUUACACUGGGAGGAGGGGAACGUGAAAUGGCCCAUCCGACCCCAUGGCCGUUGUAUAUAGACUAGACGUGGUGAUGUGUAAACGCAUUGUACUCUGUGCUUGGUUGGUAAAACAACAGGGCCCUGGGAAACUCGUGUGAGGAAGGAAGGUCUUUGUUUUGGGGAUGAUAACGGGAUGUCUUGUCUUUUGCCUACAGCCUUGUGUUGAAUUCCCUCCCCACUUGGCCUCCACAUGAGCUAACAGGUUUAACAAGUUCUCUCUCCCCUGUAUGUGGGUUAUGGUCUUUCAUCUUGGAAUCUAACUUGAAUAAAACCAUCAGAUUGCUGUUUGAAAUAA